GAACAUUAUUUCUUAUUCAUUUCUAGUCUUUUGUUACGCUGUUACACUUUUAUUUCAAUAACUUCUUCUGGGUUCUGGAGGCUAGGUUUUUGAGCACUUGCAAUGGCAAAAGUAAGAGCAGGAACACUACUGCAUGGUGUUCUUCACGUUACAAUUUUUGAAGCUGACAAUCUCUACGUGAAUGACUGCUGUAAUUGUUUCCCCAAGCUAUCAGAAGAAACCUUCUCAAGUGGAAAAGUUGGUGGUUGUAGAAUAUACACAACCAUUAAUUUAGGCAGUACUAUAGUGGGCAGGACUAGAAGUGUAAACCAAAAUGAACACUUUAAUUUUCAGUGGCAUCAAUCUUUAAGAAUUUACACUGCUCAUAUUGCAAGUGAAGUUGUUUUUCAUAUCAAAGAAGACGACACAAUAAUUGGUGCAAAAGUGAUUGGAAGAGCAUAUUUUCCUGUGGAAGAGUUGGUAAAUGGAGAAAAUAAGGAUAGAUGGCUCCAAAUCUUGAAUAAAAAACAUAAACCUCUUAAAGCAAGGCCUAGAAUCCAUGUGAAAUUACAGUUUUUUAAUGUCACAAAGGACAUUAACUGGUCUCAAGGGAUCAAAAGUCUUGAUUUUGCAGGGCUCACUCAUUCAUACUUUCCUCAGAGAAGUGGUUGUAGGGUCACACUUUACCAAGACACUCACAUACCAACCACAUUUUUUCCUGAAAUCUUGCUAACUAAGGGUAGGUACUAUGAACUGCAUCAAUGUUGGGAAGACAUCUUUGAUGCCAUUUCGAAGGCGAAACAGUUGAUUUACAUAGCAGGAUGGUCUCUUUGCACCAAAAUCACCUUGGUUAGGGAAUCAACUUGCAAGAAACAAGAAAGUAGUGAUUUGAAUUUGACACUUGGUGAGCUUCUUAAAAAGAAGGCCAGUGAAGGUGUUAAGGUCCUUAUGCUCAUUUGGGAUGACAGAACUUCAAUUAAGUGGCUAAGGAAUGAUGGAGUUAUGACAACUCAUGAUGAAGACACAGAAAGUUAUUUUGAUGGAACUGGAGUGCACUGUGUUUUAUGUCCUAGAAAUCCUGACAAAGGGGAAAGCCUUAUCCAAGGCACAGAGGUUGCUACCAUGUUUACACAUCAUCAAAAGAUCAUAAUCGUCGAUAGUGAUGUGCCAAAUGAAAAAUCAGAUAGUAGGAGAAGAAUUUUGAGUUUCAUUGGUGGUAUUGAUCUAUGUGAUGGGAGAUAUGACACACCUUUCCAUUCCAUCUUUGGUAGCUUAGGAACAGUUCAUCAUAAUGAUUUUCGCCAGCCAAACUUCGAAGGAGCCUCGAUCGAUAAAGGCGGACCGAGAGAGCCUUGGCAUGACAUACAUUGUCGCCUAGAAGGACCAAUUGCAAGGGAUGUUUUAAAGAAUUUUGAGCAAAGGUGGAGAAAACAAGGUAAGAAGGAUGUUUGUCUUGUUGAAAUCGACUCGCUUGUUGACACUUUUGUUCCCUCAUCACUAGAUAAAUUCCCUGAAGAUGAUGAAGAAAUAUGGAAUGUUCAGUUAUUUCGAUCAAUUGAUGGAGGAGCAGCUUUGGGCCUCCCAAAUUCUGAAGAAGAAGUAGCAAGGUCAGGUCUUAUGAAUGAAAAAGAACAUAUCUUUGAUUGCAGCAUCCAAAAUGCUUAUAUUACUGCUAUCAGGAGAGCCAAGAGUUUUAUCUAUAUAGAAAAUCAGUAUUUUAUGGGAAGCUCUUUUGGCUGGAAUUCUGGCAACCUUCAAGUUCAGGAGGUGGGAGCUUUGCAUCUUAUUCCGAAGGAAUUGUCUCUCAAGAUUGUCAGCAAGAUUGAAGCAGGAGAAAGGUUUAGUGUAUAUGUAGUGAUUCCAAUGUGGCCAGAGGGUAUUCCUGAGAGUAACUCAGUUCAAAGCAUGUUGAGUUGGCAGAAGGAGACAAUGGAUAUGAUGUAUAUUGAUAUAAUCCAAGCUCUACGUGCCAAAGGGAUUACUGCUGACCCAAAAGACUAUUUGAGUUUCUUUUGCCUUGCAAAUCGUGAAAAGAAGAAUGAUGGAGAAUAUAAACCUUCUAAACACCCACAAUAUGACUCAGAUUAUAACAGAGCUCAACAAGCAAGGAGAUUCAUGAUCUAUGUACAUGCUAAAAUGAUGAUAGUUGAUGAUGAAUACAUAAUUAUUGGAUCUGCCAAUAUCAAUCAACGAUCCAUGGAUGGAGCUAGAGAUACAGAGAUUGCCAUGGGAGCUUAUCAACCAUAUCACAUAAAAAGAAAUGAGCCAAACAGGGGCCAGAUACAUGGCUUUAGAAUGGCCUUGUGGUACGAGCACUUGGGUUUUCUAGAUGGCUCUUUUCUUGUUCCACAGAGUUUGGAGUGUGUCAGACUUAUAAACAAUAUUUCAACAAAGUAUUGGGACCUUUACUGUAGUGAAACCCUUGAUGAAGACUUGCCUGGACAUUUGCUUAGUUAUCCCAUUAAAGUAACAGAAAGUGGUAAUGUCACAACGCAUCUUGGUGUAGAGCACUUUCCGGACACAAAGGCACGAAUUCUUGGGUCCAAAUCGGAACUUCCUUUUCUCUUAACUACUUAAAUUGAGUUAUUCAUGCUAUGAGUUUUUCAUUUUGUCAUCAGUUUAUGCCUUGAUCAUGACAUUUUAAUA